AUUCGGCACCGUAUGUGAGUCCGGUGCGGGAUUUUCCCCCCUCCUCUCGUUCGCGCAUUUAUAGGAUGGCUUAAUAAAGCGUCGCUGCACAUAUCAGUGCUGAGUAUCAUUUCUUUUUUUUUUCUUUCCCCCCUUUCUACCGGAUUUGCCCUCGGUUUGAUGCCCGCGCGCAGUAUGUGAACGCCAUGCGGGCGGCGCGGUGCCUCCUCCUGUGGGCUGCGGUCUCCGUUACAGGCUGGAGCACCGCAUCGCGGCAAUGGCGAGAGAGAGGAGGAGGAGGAGGAGGAAGAGGGAACGGUAACGGCGACAGCGACAGCGACGGGCGCGCGCAUCGUGAAGAAGAGAUCACGCGGCCGCAGCGGCUCCAGCAGCGCGCGGAUGCCGACGGCGGCGAGAUCGCGCACGGUCGCCUGGAUACCAUAGUGAAGAGCGACGACGCUGACGCGCUUCACCCGGUUCACCUUGCCCAGCUAUCGUUCCUGGUGAAGGUGUUUGGGACCUCAUUUAUUUUGGACCUCGAGCUAAACCAUGAUCUCUUGUCUUCAGAUUACGUGGAGAGACAUUUUGACGAAGACAGAACACCAUUUCAUAAUCAGGGAGGAGAGCACUGUUAUUAUCAUGGCACAGUAAGAGGAGCAGAAGGCUCCUGGGUUGCUCUCUCCACCUGCCAUGGCCUCUGGGGAAUGUUCUCAGAUGGCAACUUUUCUUAUGGGAUUGAACCCAUACCACACGUCGAUGAGCAGGGACAAAAUGCUCACGUUGUGUACAGACUGCCUGACCUUCAGCUCAUUGCACCACACUGCCCUGAAUGCAAUACUACCAAUGACUCGGACUCAGCCGUGGAUGAUGUCACAGCUGAUUCUGCUGAGAGUGACGGCCCCACUUUCACACACGGCCUGAGACGGGUCAAACGCCAGAUCCGGAGGCCACCACGUACUGUUCAGACUGAGACGAAAUACAUCGAGCUGCUCGUGGUGAAUGACUAUGACCUGUUUGUGCAGAUGCGCAGGUCGACUGCGCAAACACGCAAUUUUGCGAAAGCCAUCGUCAACAUGGCUGAUGCAAUUUAUAAAGAACAGCUUAACACAAGGCUCGUGCUUGUCGCCAUGGAGACAUGGUCAUCCCAGAACAUGGUUUCUGUGGGCGAUGACCCUCUGAUGACCUUGCGUGACUUUAUGAAAUACAGGAGGGAGAACAUCAAAGAGAAGAGUGAUGCUGCACACCUGUUCUCGGGGCGCACAUUUCAAAGCAGUCGAAGUGGUACAGCAUAUAUUGGGGGCAUCUGUUCUCCUACACGUGGAGGCGGAGUCAAUGAGUAUGGAAACGUGGGACCCAUGGCCAUUACGCUGUGUCAGAGUUUAGGACAGAAUCUGGGCAUGAUGUGGAAUAAAGAGCGUGCCACUGCAGGAGACUGCAGGUGUCCAGACCCUUGGCUUGGCUGUAUCAUGGAGGACACGGGGUACUACCUGCCCAGGAAGUUCUCCCGCUGCAGUGUGGAGGAGUAUGUACGAUUCCUGCAGGAUGGAGGAGGCAGCUGUCUGUUCAACAAACCCACUAAGUUACUGGAUCCUCCUGAAUGUGGAAAUGGAUAUGUGGAGCAAGGAGAAGAGUGUGACUGUGGCUCACAAGUGGAGUGCUCUCGAGCAGGAGGAGCAUGCUGUAAGAAGUGCACCCUUACCCAUGAUGCAAUGUGCAGUAAUGGACUGUGUUGUAACAGGUGUCGGUAUGAGCAAAGAGGUGUGGUGUGUCGAGACGCAGUAAACAAUUGCGAUAUUCCAGAAACAUGUCCUGGUGAUUCCAGUCAGUGUCCUCCUAACGUACAUAAACUGGACGGCUACAUGUGUGAUGCAGGACAGGGUCGUUGUUAUGGCGGUCGAUGUAAGACCAGAGACGGACAGUGUCAGACACUGUGGGGUCACAACUCAGCAGACCGGGUAUGUUAUGAGAGACUGAACACUGAGGGGACAGAGAAAGGAAACUGUGGACGAGACUCCAAUGGACUGGGAUGGAUUCAGUGCAGCAAACCUGAUGUACUGUGUGGGAUUCUUUUGUGCUCUAAUAUGACAAUGAAACCUCGUUAUGGUGAUUUGGAUGGAGAAGUCAUCAGCCUCACCAUCUACCAUCAGAACAAAUACUUGGACUGCCAUGGAGGACAUGCUGUGCUGGAGGAUGGCUCAGAUCUGGGUUAUGUAGAGGACGGAACUCCAUGUGGUCCUAACAUGAUGUGUUUGGAGCGGCGCUGUGUACCGGUGAUGACCUUUAACCUGUCUGUAUGUCCCGGUUCCUCCACUGCACACAUCUGUUCAGACCAUGGGACCUGCAGUAAUGAGGUGAAGUGUAUCUGUGAUGUCGAUUACACAGGGAAGGACUGCAGUGUGUAUGACCCACUUCCUGAUCCACAGCUUCCAGAAGGACCUGAGAAAUACAAAGGUCCAAGUGGCACAAACAUAAUCAUCGGUUCUUUAGCAGGAGCCAUACUACUGGCAGCUAUAGUGCUGGGAGGAACAGGCUGGGGCUUUAAAAAUAUCCGGAGAGGAAGAUCUGGAGGAGGAUGAGAAGUCUAUCCAUCUGCUGUCCUGUCCUCUUUACUUCACUGUGUCUUUUACAUUCUGAGGAGAAAAGAGAAGCGAUAAACACGUCUUCCACUCAGAUAACUUCAACCUGCACAAGCUUCUGCUUCCUGUAUGUCUUUCUGCUCUUCUCUGCACUUGAUGUUACGUCAGAAACAUUCCACUCUGCUGUACUAGGUCACCUCAAAAUCUACUGUGUCCAUUCCUUUAGAUUAUAUAUUAGUAAAUUAGUACAAGUCUGAGCCAUAACAGCUAUCAGCUACACCUGCCCAAGUUUCUGUGUAUGGUCUAAAAAGGUCAAAAACCUUAAAUAAUUUUCCUUAGUAGUGUUUUUUCAUAUAAAGUGUGUGAGCUUGUUCUUGCAUGUUUCUUGUUAAAACAGUUUUCCACAGGAUUUAAAGUGUGAUUGUGACCAUGACAUCGGGUUAAUUAUAAAACCUGAGUAUUUAUUUAUUUAUAUAAAAUAUAAAUUUUUUUUAAAUCACAUGUACGUUCACAACCGCAGCUGGAUAUUAUUUAAAGUAACAUCAUUGUUUUUUUUCUUCUUUCGUACACACAUUUAGCACUAAUUGACAUUAUCUUUUUUUUUAUCUACUUUGUCACUUGUGGACUUUCGCCUGACUGUGUAGCAUCAGUCCAAACCUUUACAAUCACACUGAAUUCUGUUCAUUUAAUUGUAGAAAAUGCGUUUUGCUUAUAAGAAAAUAUUAUGCUUUUUUUUAAAAACAAAAAUAGCUUCUUUUACAUGUUGAAACCAUAACUUAAUAAUAACUAACCUGAGACUGAGCAGCUUUAUAAGACAAAAAAAAAGGAUACACAUUAAAUACAACUGUUCCUGUCUGUUUCCAGGAAAUCGUAAAGCUUUACACAUGAUCAGGUCUCUGAAAGAGACUGAGAUUUGUGUAUUUUGUGUGUUAAAACAGUACCGUGGUAACGUGUACAGAAACUUGGAUUUGGCCUGAGUGAACGCAGAAACAUUUUCACUGGGGUUUAGAUUUAUUUAUUAACAGUACAGAGAAUCCUGGAAAGUUUAAGAAAUAUCCAAAAAUGCACUGUCCUGAGCCGAAUAUAUAAAUUCUAAAUUCAUCACUAAACAAACCGAGUACUGAAGUAUUCCUACUAACAGGGGCGUCACUAAGGGGGGAAAGUUAGGAUGAUUCUAAGGGCUCAUGCACUUUUGUGGCCCCUAGAGGCUUGUAUGUUUGGUGUGAAAUGGGUGUGGUAGGGGGCCCAGUCUCAUUUUCUUUCAUAGGGCCCAAAAUUGCUAGUGGUGCCCCUGCCUGCUAACAUUCUGUGUUUGAUCUAAUAGAUUCACCCUUAGCUUUCUCUCAAUAUCAGGCACCUAGCGAUAUUAAAAUACCAUGUGCAUAAAUGCCCAAAUGUAAUUUUGAACACGACAUAGCACAGAGUUGCAUUUUUCCCCAUGUAUGUCUGUGGACUUUUUGUGUAUGAUUACUUGAUAAGCACAAAACUAGAUUUUAGGUAGGCAUAAGUACAUAGGAACAUUCUGCCAUUUUAAUGUGAUGUAUAAUGAUGUAUUACUGAAUGCGUGAGGGUGAUGCGGGACGCUCGCAGAGGGAACAUGCAAUAUAUCGCAAUAUAUAGUCAGCGUGUGUAAAUGCUACUUGUGUAAAUACUGUAUAUACAGUACACCUGUGUUAAGACAUAAGCACAAAAGAUUGCAAUCAAUGUGGUCAAGGAAAAAAGGAGCAUUUUAAAAAGUUAUGAGAUAAAAACAGCGCAGAUCAGCGUUCAAAGACUGCCAGCUUAAUUUAGAAGUGCACAUGCUGAGAGUAUUACAGCAGGCUGUGUUUCAGAACCUAUCCACCUUUCUUUUUCUCUGUCUGUCUGCCUCAGUUUCUCUCUCUCUUUUGCUCUCGCUCUCAGGGCUCGGGUGAUGAUGCCUGAUAACUGCUUGCAGUUUAAAUCACAUUCACAGACACAAAGCUUUAAACUCCUCCACAGUUACACAUGAGAAAACAACAAUUUUUAUCCACAAAUCUAGAUUCAUGCAAAUCCUGAGAGUUACUACACCGAAUCUUCUGUUUGCAACCGAUAACAAAUUUUAUCACUCAUCAUUUUAAGUCGUGAAAUUUAAAAAGCUUUAUUUAUUUAAUAAAUUUGUUUCCGUUUCAGAAAUCCCAAAUUGUUUUAGCAACAAAAAUGUUCAUGUUCUAAACAAACACUCAGUAAAACAUCAGCAUACUGAAGUUCAGGCUUGUAACCAAACUUUUUAUUUAUUUGUUUGAAUUUCACAUUAGAUUCCUCCCUCUAAUCAAUGGCUUUCUGUUCUUUAUAACACAAUUAAUUUUUACUGAGUAACAUCACCAACAUACUGAAGCGAUGCUGAAUUCUGUUCUUCACUCAGAAUUUAAAAGAUCUAUUUAUAUACACUAUAUUUGUAUGUAUACUGUAUACACACACAACAAACGUUAAUUGGAUUGUUAGAUCUCACUUUUAUUCUGUUUUUUCUCCAAAAAGCAAAAUUUAACUCGUUCAUUUCUUACUUAGUGCUUCACUAAAUUAGUACAAAUCUGACCAAUAAAUGACCAAGAUUAAUAUGGAAAUAAAAUGUUGUAAUAUUCAGAGCGCCUUUAAAUCUAGCUGCAAUAAUAAACCAUGACUACAGGUUCAGGACAGAUGGAAAAGUUCAGUACUUUAAAAGAAGUUUUGGUGUUUUUUGCUGGAGGCCUUUAAUAGACAAAUGACUAUAGA